CACAAAACAAACUGAACAUUUUUUUUAUCUUUCAUUGAUUUUCAAUAAACAUACACAAACGUAAACAUCACAAAAGCAUGUCACGGAAACAGAAAGACAAAAGAAGCAAACACGGCGGAGCUUUCUGGGUAACAGAUCGGAGUCCGAUCUGGCGGAUCCCACCCACGAGAUCAAGCCGAGAUCAUUCCCCUCACUGCGUCCCCAAAAAGACUCCUCUGUUGCAGGAAAAUACCUAAGAUGAAAACCCAAAAAAUGCACAAUCUUGCUCAGCUCAGUGAUCCUCCCGCUGUUCUCAAGCAACACCCCAAACUCAGACCAAGAGAACCACCAAGAGAACUCUCCCGAAAAGAAAAACCCUCCAAAAGAGGAACCCCUAACCAAAAGAGAACCCCCCCUUUUCAAUUUACCGGUUCUUCCUAUUUAUACCCAAUCAAACAAAACCCUAACUCCCUUCUUUUCUCCUCAUCCAAACCCUUCAAUUUUUCUUCUUUUUCCUUCCACCGUUGAUCGGGUGAGGCCAAAACUGGCCCUGCGGAACAGCCAAGAAAGCUGGAGCGUGAUGUCAUCCUGUAGGCAAGGCAAGGACAUGGUGCAGGUUUGUCUCAUGCUCGGUUGGCUGCAGGGACAAAGGCGCAGCAGCAGGGUCAACGCAGCAGGGGCGCAGAGCAAGGAAAUCUGGGCAUGAUCGGGGCGCAGGCUCGGUGCAGCAGGGGCGCAGAGGCGCAAAGGGGAAAGUGCAGGCGUUGGGCACGGAGUGCAGGCGUUGGGCACGGAGUGCAGGAGCAGAAACGUGCAGGCGCAGCAAGCAAGGGAUCAAGGGCAAGGACGCAGGGCUCGGUGCAGAGCAAGGCCGGGAUCUGGUGCAGGGCAGGUGCAGGGCAGGUGCAGGGGCAGAGGCACAGGGGCGCAAGGCGUGAGGAGCAGGGCGCGGGCUGGUUCGGGAAAAAAAACAAGUUGAUGGGGGAAAGAGAAGGUUCCAGACACCUUCUUUUUUUUUGUUUUUGGGUUAGGGUUAAACGGGUUUUGGGUUUGGGUUUUUUGGGUAAUCUUGGUUUGGGUUUGUAAAAUUCAUUUUGAUGAACUUCAUCCCUUCAACUUUUAAUUUCUUCAAUUGAGUCCCUUCUUUCUUCUUCUUGAAUUUUCCAAUUUCUUUUUGCAUGUAACACCUGAAACAAAAUAAAGAUAUAUUAGUCAAAGAAAAGGAAAAUUUUCAUAUUUUUAUAUUUUUGAUUUUUUUUUUUUAUAAAAAUUUGAGUUAUGA